UCCGCCACUAGUGACCAUGAACAAGAAGAAGGCAUGCACGGAGUGUAGGCAACAAAAGGCUAAAUGCGAUGCAUAUCUGAACCCAAGCGAUGCUUGUUCCCGAUGUAAACGAAUUGGGUUGCAAUGCACGAUUUCCGAUCCCUUCAAGAGGGAGAACAAACGCCAAUUAUCAGAGCUCGAGAAAGAGACAGACACCUUACGCAAGCGGCUUAUGACAGAAGACUAUCGAUCAAGUGUCAUCGACGGGCCCGAGCCCGUGCAAACAGAGCGCCACGACCACUCUAAUAUACCUUCUCAUCCUGAAGCUUCGACAGCGAGAUACUACCGUGUGUCCAGUGCAGCAUCCCCUUCUCAAAGUCUUGGCUCGGUAUCUCUUGCCACUCCUACUCAUGCAACUAGAACUGCAGCCUUAGAUGGUCAAGCACUAACGACAACCCCUCGAACUCUGGAUGGAGUGACCGUCUCAGCCAAUGACAUCAAUGGUAUUUUCGAAUUGUACUUCCAAGAGUACUCACCGUACCUGCCUAUUCUUGAGUCCAGGCCAUCACCCAAUGCGUGUUAUAACCAAUCGCCUAUACUGUUCUGGAUCAUUAUUGGAACUGCUUGCAGAAGCUACUCGAAAAACCCAACUCUUCUGAGCGCACUCGCAAAAGGUAUUACCAAUCUAACAUUACAAUCUGUGAUCACCACUAGGUCACCCUUACAGCGUGUCCAGGCGUUUCUCUUACUGGUCACAUGGCCUCUUCCCGACGCUGUUGAAACCAAUCAGCAAGAAAUCAACUAUGUAUUCGCUGGUCUCUUGCUGCAUCUGGCGCAAAGAAGUGGCCUACAUGUGCCUGCUGGCUCUGAUGAGUUCUUCCGGGCCAUGACGCCUAAUCUUCCAGACAUAAGCAUAGCUCGUCGAACAGAGCUGUGGACGUAUAUUGUAAUGACUUACCAAAGGACCUGCAUGUGCAAAGGUUUCUUAGCGCGCACUUCCUUCGAUAUCUCUCCUGAGAUGAGUCAGAGCCAAAGUCGACAGCAAACACUUUCCUCGGCUCUCAAGCUGCGUCUCAAAUGGCAGGAUCUAUGUGUACAAUGCGGGUCCGCAGUGUCAGAGAACGGAAUGCGCCACUUGACGCCAGAUCAAAAUCGCGCUCUGUCAAUUAUUAUCAGGACGUACGAUACCCAGAUCAAGGAUCUAGAACGAACUGCUGCAGAUGGUGAGUACCGUACAGAUACAUCGUCUGAUGAGACUACCACGAUACAGUAUGUCACAUGUACUCACGUUUGCUANGACUCUGAUCGACUCGAAUGUAACAUCGCUCAGCUUUACAUCCGAAGUUUUUACUUCCUGAAACAAGAUAAAACAUCCUACGCUUCAAGCUUCGACAAGAUUCAGCAAGUUGCUCGCCAGGUCAUUGCCAAGGUGGAGAGGCUCACGCAUAGUGUCACGGAUCCUCUGUCGAUACCAAUCUACAUCGUGAACGCUCUUCUCUUUGCCUCCUACGCACUCCUCCGCAUUCUGAAGUCAUCCAUCCCUUUUCUCUCNGGNGAGAGCGAAGAAGCAAGAUCGUCGCUCUUUGCUGCUAUCGGCCUUAUGAAGGGCUAUUCAAUGGACCAGAACGACAUGUAUUCUAAAUCAUACAUGUGUCUAACACAACUCUGGAACAGUCCGAGAGCUUUCAAGAAAGCUGACGGAAGCGAUAUGUUAGAGCUAAGAGCAAGAAGUCGACUCAAUGGUAGCCAUGUCAUAGACGCUAUCCUGUGGUGGAGAGAAGAGAAUGAUUUGCACUUCAGAAAACAGAUGCAGACCUUGAAAAACAGCGCCUUAGAUCCAUUAAGACAGGGCGCUCCGUCUGACCUAGCAGCUGAAACCGAGCAACAAUCAAGAACAAUGGACUUUGGAGAUACAUCCUUGUUCGAUUUCGAUUACUUCAUGGGGAGUGAUCUCUCUCUACCGCUAGAUCUCUUGAACUUUCCAGGUCUAGAUACUAUGGGAACGAGCAAUAUACAAAUA